AUGACGAGGAAAGAAAUAUUGGAAUAUUUUGGCGUAUCAGAACACAACGAAGUUCCGGAAUACGACGUAAUUAUUCCAUACCAUUCAAAAGAAAGUGGUAAAUUCGUCUCUUUGUCCCUCGGCCAAUCGCGACACCGUAGAAGUGUAGGUGAAUCCGAGGUCACGCACUACAAAUUGGCCGCGUUCGGCCAGGAGCUUCAUGUGACAUUAACACGAAAUGGUAUACUGAUGAAUCAUGGGCUCACUGUCAAGACUCAAAACGCCAAUGGAACGAUGACUUCACAUCCUGUACCAGAAAAUACUUUUUACCUAGGACAUGUUUCUUCGGAUCCGGGCUCUGUGGUGGCCGUCAGCGAAUUGGGAGGACUGACUGGUAUCAUACGGACAUCGAGUGAUACUCUUCUUGUCCGUCCUCUUCCCGCCCGACUGGCCAGACACGUGACUGACAAUUUCAAAACGUUACCGCAUCUGGUGAUCAAGAUUUCUGUGAUGCCUAGACUCAGGCAGAGACGAUCCUUGGACAGUGGCGUGAAAAAAUAUUUAGAAGCUGCAUUGGUUGUUCUGACCGACAUGGAGGACAAAUACGGUUACAAUGGGACUGUUCAAAGGCUCCUUGUCAUGGCUAAUAUUGUUGCAGGUUUGUUUCAGGAUGAAUCCAUUGGAGCCACAAAAAUAAGAUACAGCAUCAACAGGAUUUUGGUCUUGCGACCCCAAGAGCUGGGAAUCCAGAGUUCUGAUUCUAACCAAUUGAAGCUGGUGCGAGUGAUCAAAUGGAUGAGGACGCAGUAUGGAAGACAGCGUCCUUUUGAUGUGGUCACCUUCAUUUCAAACGGACCUGAUAGAGCGGUCAAGAGUAGUGCAAACACUAUGUGUCGUCAGGUGACUGCGUCUGCUGUCACUGAUAUUGGACUGGGAACUGCUUGGUACAUCGCGCAUGGAAUUGGACACAAUAUGGGAUUGGAUCACGACGAUGAUAGUGCUGAUGGUGCUGAUUGUCCGAAUUACAAGUAUAUCAUGUCAUCAGAGAAAAACACAGCUCCGACGAGUUAUAUGUGGUCACCUUGCAGCAGGACAAGAAUUCAAACAUUUUUGAACUCAGGUAACCGUUCAUGGUGUCUUAACGACCCACCAGUUUUAGCACAUGCCCCAACCCUACCCCCACGGAAUAGAGGCAAGCUACCAGGCGAGAUCAUUAAUGGAGACCAACAGUGCAGAGAAGCUUUUAGUGAGGAUUUUAAGCAUGCUUCAAGGGAGAAACUUAGGCAAGACUGCGGAACACUGUGGUGUGACAAUGGUAAGGGAACUGUUCUCUCUGCUGAUUCAAGAGUCGCUGAUGGCACAGAUUGUGGAGUCAAUAAGGUAAAGACCGUGUUAUUUUAUAUAACCAGGCAACAACAAGAGAACAAGAUAAAUGGGAAAGAAAGAGAUGCUACAGCUUUGUGGUUUGUGAUGAAUGACAUAUAG